AUGUAUACACUGCUACUUGAUAACGAUGGUGUUUCAGAUAUUCCAAGGAGACUUAGAAACUUCGACAUCGAUAUUUUUCAACAAGAUCCAAGACAACUUGCCAACUUUCCAAACAUAACUGGUAACCUGUGCUACCACCAGACAAGUUCAGCCGGAAAUGAAACUUAUCUUUAUAACUGCACUGCCCCUGUGGUCGGUAGAUACAUACGUUUGAUUGUAAGACUUAGUAAUAUUAAUUAUUUACAUGUUUGUGAAAUUGAAGUGCUAGUCAGUGGCUCCAGAUUUGAAGAGAGUUAUUUUAAUAAGAAGGCAAACACACAACUGACAGAGACACCUUUGGACACACUAGUGGUCAACAGCCAGAACGACUGCCUCCAGGAGUGUCUCGGGCGUAGAUCCUCCACAUACUGUACGGCCUUCAACUGGGUCACCUCAUCAAGGUCAUGUCAACUGUUCAGUGUCAACCCCUUCCUAGACCUGACAGGAAAGCUGACAUCUGUCGUUGGAACACACUUUUAUAGUGAAUACAAUUUGCUUUUGUAGAGAAUAAAA